GACUAAGAAGGGUGAUUUUGAGGUGGUAAAACGUACAUUUUGUACAUAAAUAUAUUAAACUAACCUUCAAGAGCUUCAGAUAUGGAUGAAAACACRUCUUCACGUCUAAAGACAUUCAAAAACCGCGGGAAAGAUUCCUCAGAAAUGCGAAGAAGAAGAAAUGAUGUAACUAUAGAAUUAAGAAAGGCAAACCGUGAUAGUCAAGUUCUGAAAAGACGUAAUUUAACCGAGCUAGAAACAAGUCCUCUAAAAGAGCACAAUGCGCAACAACAGGUGAUUCAGAUACUGCCACUUCCAACAGUAUUAGAGAAUUUGCACAAAGGAGAUGAUAAUCUAACUUUUAAAAGUAUACAAUCAGUGAGAAAGAUGUUAUCAAAAGAAAAGAAUCCUCCAAUCAAUGAUGUUAUCAAAGCUGGACUUAUUCCAUAUCUUGUAAAAUACUUAGAACGUUCAGAUUUUCCAUUGCUACAGUUUGAAGCAGCAUGGGCACUAACCAACAUUGCAUCKGGAAAUUCUGACCAAACUAAAGCUGUUGCUGAGAUUCCUGAAGUCAAUGUAGUGACACCAGCACUAAGAGCUGUUGGUAAUGUUGUCACAGGGCGGGAUGAUCAAACACAGGCUGUCAUUGAAAACAAUGCUCUAUACUACUUCAGAAAUCUACUUACACAUAAGCGUAGUACAGUUGUGAAGGAAGCAGCUUGGGCUAUCUCAAAUAUCACAGCUGGUACAAAACCACAGAUACAGUGUGUCAUAGAAGCAGGUCUUGUGCCUUUAGUUAUUGAUAUCCUGAGAAGGGGUGACUUCAAAGCAAAGAAAGAAGCCAUUUGGGUCAUCACCAACUACACAUCAGGAGCCAAUCCUGAGCAACUUAAGUAUUUGUUACAUUGUGAUGUCAUUCCUGUCAUGUGUGAACAAAUGGAAAUCCAGGACCCAAAGGCAUUAUUAAUACUCCUAGAAGGCUUUAACAAUAUUUUCCAUAAUUCUCAAAACAUUGAGGGUGGUUUGGACUAUGCACUGACAUCUUUUGAAGAAAAUGAAGGAACAAACAUGUUAGAAAAGCUGCAAGAACAUAAGAAGCUGGAGGUGUAUGAGGCCUGCAAGAGUUUGAUUGAGAAAUACUUCCCUGAGGACGAUGGUGAAGAGGACGUUCACUUAGCACCUGACAGUACUACACAGGGAUUCCAGUUUGCUCCUCCUGUCUCAGCACCUGUAUUUAACUUCUCUUGAUUAAAAAAUAGCAAUAUAAUUGUACAUAAUAAAGUACACAGAUUAAUGUACAGUAUCUAUGGUAACCACUAUUAGAUAAUGCUAUAGUAAGAAUAUAUAUUUUUUGUUUGAUAUUUUGUAGGUCAUAAUAGUAUGAUUAUCUACSAUGAUAUGAUGAUUAAUCAAUACAAUCAUAUGAUUGAGGAAUAAAAUACAUUUCAAUGCC